CAUUUUAUUCUCAUUCACUCCCAAUUUCUGCAUCCUCUUCGAUUUCUAAGUUGUAUCCCUAAACUUUUCCAAAGUAGAAUUUCUGAAUUCCUUCAAUGGCGCCAAAGGGAGAGAAGAAACCAGCUGAGAAGAAACCCGUGGAGGAGAAGAAGUCCACGGUAGCAGAGAAAGCCCCGGCCGAGAAGAAGCCAAAGGCCGGAAAGAAGCUGCCUAAGGAUGGCGGUGCCGCUGCCGGAGACAAGAAGAAGAAGAGAAACAAGAAGAGUGUGGAGACAUACAAGAUCUACAUCUUCAAGGUUCUGAAGCAAGUUCACCCUGACAUUGGUAUCUCAAGCAAGGCCAUGGGUAUCAUGAACAGUUUCAUCAACGACAUCUUCGAGAAGCUUGCUGCAGAGUCUUCAAGACUUGCAAGAUACAACAAGAAGCCAACAAUUACAUCAAGGGAAAUUCAGACCGCGGUUAGACUUGUUCUGCCCGGAGAAUUAGCCAAGCACGCCGUCUCUGAGGGCACCAAAGCUGUUACUAAGUUUACAAGUUCUUAGACUCUUUAAGGCUGGUGAUAUUUUGUUUGAUGGAUCCAGUUUUAGUUAUUAAAUAUAUCAAUUAGGAGCUUCUUUCUUUGUUAAGGCUUGUAUCCUGAAACAAUUGAAUCUGUUGUUUCCUUUGUGUAUUAAAGUGCCGAUUAUAAUUAUAUUUGAUCACUAAA